GGUUGAUUUGAUCGUUUGAUUCUGUGAAAAGUACGGAGGCUUCUAACGAGUCUGGAGCGGCGCCUCUUUGUAUGCGGAUGCUGAUCAAAGUUGCUCUCUUAUCACCUUGUGCAGUGGAAUGAGGCUUUGACUGAAGGGGUCUUUUUGGUCCUGGAUCUGUUCUGGCUCUGCUGGAUGUUUUAGCUACAGCUCUGAUGGUGUUGCCUGACCUAGUAGGACACUGAGAGGGUCUUCUCCUUCCCCUCUCGCUCCUUACUUUCCUCCUUUCACCUAAACAUGUCUGCCCUACAGACCACCUGGCCGCCCGGCACAGAGUGUGUAGCCAGGUACAAUUUUCCCGGCACGUCUGACCAGGACCUGCCCCUCUGUAAAGGAGAUGUCCUGACCAUUAUAGGAGUCACUAAGGACCCAAACUGGUACAAAGCCAAAAAUACAGUGGGACGAGAGGGUACCAUCCCAGCAAACUAUGUUCAGAAACGAGAAGGGGUGAAGUCCUGUGCCAAGCUUAGUCUCAUGCCAUGGUUCCAUGGGAAGAUAACGCGAGACCAGGCGGAGAGGCUGCUGUACCCGCCUGAAAAGGGACUCUUCCUGGUGCGAGAGAGCACCAACUUCCCCGGAGAUUACACACUCUGCGUCAGCUGCGACAACAAGGUGGAGCACUACCGCAUCAUCUACCACAACUGCAAACUCACCAUCGACGAGGAGGAGUACUUUGAGAACCUCAUGCAGCUCGUGGAGCACUACACCAAAGACGCAGAUGGGCUGUGCACCAGACUUAUGAAACCCAAACUCAUGGAGGGGACAGUGGCAGCACAGGAUGAGUUUUCACGAAGUGGAUGGGCAUUGAACCGCAAAGAACUGAAACUUCUUCAGUCCAUAGGGAAGGGGGAAUUUGGGGACGUGAUGGUUGGCGAUUACAGAGGCACUAAAGUAGCUGUGAAGUGCAUCAAACAUGAUGCCACCGCACAGGCCUUCGUUGCUGAGGCCUCCGUCAUGACGCAAAUGCGGCACAACAACCUCGUACAACUUUUAGGAGUGAUCGUGGAGGAGAAGGGCAGCCUGUUCAUCGUCACGGAGUACAUGGCCAAGGGCAGUCUGGUGGACUACUUGCGUUCCAGGGGGCGCACUGUUAUUGGGGGAGACUGUCUACUCAAGUUCUCCAUGGAUGUAUGUGAAGCCAUGGAGUAUCUGGAGGCCAAUAACUUUGUGCACAGAGAUCUGGCCGCUCGUAAUGUUCUAGUGUCUGAGGACAACAUUGCCAAAGUCAGUGAUUUUGGUUUGACCAAGGAGGCAUCGUCCACUCAGGACACAGCCAAGCUCCCUGUGAAAUGGACAGCUCCUGAAGCCCUGAGAGAAAAGAAGUUUUCCACUAAGUCUGAUGUAUGGAGCUACGGCAUCUUGCUGUGGGAGAUCUACUCCUUCGGCCGUGUGCCAUAUCCAAGAAUCCCUCUGAAGGAUGUGGUUCCGCGAGUGGAGAAGGGCUACAAGAUGGACGCCCCAGACGGCUGCCCACCCGUCGUCUACGACAUCAUGAAGCAGUGCUGGACCCUGGAUGUGGCUGUGCGGCCCAGCUUCAAAGAGCUGAGAGAGAGCCUGCAGAACAUCUGGACCAAUGAGCUCUACCUGUGAGAGCAGACACGCAGAUGGACACAAAAACGCAAUGAGAGAGAGAGAGAGAGAGAGAGAGAGUGGAGGAGGACGACAGCAGCUCCUCACUGGGACCAUAUACACAUCCUCAGACCAGCACUCUGACUUCACACAGAAGACUUUAGACAAAAAAGACAUGCACAGAACUUUUAAUUAUGGCCAAAUUCUGUUAUUGAUCACCACUUUGUUUUUGUUUAGUUUCUUUCACUGUGCCUUCAUGAUUUAUUUUACAGAAUCGGGGAGGCUGGGCUUCUCUAGAGUAUUCCAAUGUUUUUGAUUUAAACAUCAGCAGCCUUGUAAAAACCCUUCAUGUCCUCACCUUUCAAUGUCCCCCAGUCCUGAGGGUUAUUGUCAUAAAGCAAGACUGCUCAGUUAGCCAUGUAAGUAAAACCUUUCCAACAAGGGGAAAAGUAUGGGACGUUCCUAUUGGACAGUCUUCACUUUGGCUGAGGCAAGAAACUUACCUCACGCAAGUAUGUGAACCCAAACGCAAUUACACUGUUACAUAAUGAAAGACAUGGUUAGUGAUGUAACGAAUUAUAUUUACAUCUGAUUUACAGUCUCUAUUGACAGAUGUAAGUCUGCACUUUACACUGUCAAGAAAAAACAAAAACAUGGCCGAAAUGUGCC